UUCUGCAGAUUUGCUUGUCAAUGCAUCACGAAGAGGCAGCCCAGAAUGAAGAAAGCAAGCAGGAGUGUCGGCUCAGCGCCUAAAGUGUCUGGGGUCAGCAAAACGCAAACCGUAGAAAAGGUCAAACCGGAAAACAACUCCUCGGCACCUGCUGGAGGCAAGCUUGUCAAACCUGGCACAGCAGCAGCCCUGUCCAAGACCAAGAGCAAUGAUGACCUUUUAGCUGGGAUGACUGGUGGGAUAACUGUGACUAAUGGUGUCAAAGGAAAAAAGAGCACCUGUCCCUCUGCAGCAGCCCCAGUGUCCGUCCCGGCCAUGACCACCGUGGAGACCAAGUCCAAGAGCAGCUCAGGCACGAGUUCUUCAACCAAGCGGAGCACUUCGACAGGAACUAAGGAAUCCGGUUCUGCCAGAGAGAGGUUACGGGAACGCACCCGCCUCAGCCAGAGCAAGAAGCUGCCGUCGGCAGGUCAGGGGGCUCCCGAGGCGGUGCUGGGCAAACGCUCCCGCAGCCGCACCACUGCGGAAUGCGACGUGCGCAUGAGCAAGUCCAAGUCGGACAAUCAGAUCAGCGACAAAGCCGCCCUGGAAGCCAAAGUCAAGGAUCUCCUCACGUUGGCCAAGACCAAAGAUGUGGAGAUUCUGCAUCUGAGAAAUGAACUCCGCGACAUGCGCGCACAGCUGGGUAUCCAGGACGACCAUGGCGAGGGUGAUGAAAAAUCAACAGAGAAGGAGACCGUCGUCACUCACCCAUCCACUGAUGUGGAGUCCACCUUGCUGCAGUUGCAGGAACAAAACGCUGCCAUUCGUGAGGAGCUCAACCAGCUGAAAAAUGAAAACCGAAUGCUGAAGGACAGGCUGAACGCGUUGGGCUUUUCCCUUGAGCAGCGCAUGGACCAUUCAGAGAAGUUGUUCAGUUACCAGUCCCUGAGCCCCGAGAUUGCUGCGGGCAGCCAGAGUGAUGGCGGGGGGACCUUGACCUCCUCAGUGGAAGGCUCUGCCCCCGGAUCAGUGGAGGACCUUCUGAGUCAGGAUGAAAACACGCUCAUGGACCACCAGCACAGCAACUCCCUGGACAACCUGGACAGCGAGUGCAGCGAGGUCUACCAGCCGCUCACGUCGAGUGAUGACGCACUAGAUGCCCCGUCGUCCUCGGAGUCGGAGGGCCUCCCCAGCAUGGAGCGCUCUCGCAAGGGGAGCAGCGGCAAUGCCAGCGAGGUGUCCGUGGCCUGCUUGACGGAGCGCAUCCACCAGAUGGAGGAGAACCAGCACAGCACGAGUGAGGAGCUGCAGGCCACGCUGCAGGAGCUGGCUGACCUGCAGCAGAUCACCCAGGAGCUGAACAGCGAGAACGAGAGGCUCGGGGAAGAGAAGGUCAUCCUGAUGGAGUCCCUGUGCCAGCAAAGCGACAAGCUGGAGCACUUUGGCCGCCAGAUCGAGUACUUCCGCUCCCUUCUCGAUGAGCAUCACAUCUCCUACGUCAUAGACGAGGACGUGAAAAGCGGGCGCUACAUGGAGCUUGAGCAACGCUACAUGGACCUGGCAGAGAAUGCCCGCUUCGAGCGGGAGCAGCUGCUUGGCGUCCAGCAGCAUUUAAGCAACACCUUGAAAAUGGCGGAGCAGGACAACAAGGAGGCCCAGGAGAUGAUAGGUGCGCUCAAGGAGCGCAGCCACCACAUGGAGCGCAUCAUCGAGUCCGAGCAGAAGGGCAAGGCGGCCCUGGCAGCCACCCUGGAGGAGUACAAAGCCACGGUGGCCAGCGACCAGAUUGAGGUGAACCGCCUGAAGGCCCAGCUGGAGAACGAAAAGCAGAAGGUGGCGGAGCUGUAUUCCAUCCAUAACUCCGGAGACAAGACUGACAUUCAGGAUCUGCUGGAGAGCGUGAGGCUGGACAAGGAAAAAGCAGAGACUCUGGCGAGCAGCCUGCAGGAAGAUCUGGCCCACACCCGCAACGAGGCCAAUCGCCUGCAGGACACCAUCGCCAAGGUAGAAGAUGAGUAUCGAGCCUUCCAAGAAGAAGCUAAGAAACAAAUUGAAGAUUUAAACAUGACACUGGAAAAGCUGAGAUCAGAGCUGGAAGAAAAGGAGACAGAAAGAAGUGACAUGAAGGAGACCAUCUUUGAACUUGAAGAUGAAGUGGAACAACAUCGGGCUGUGAAGCUGCAUGACAACCUUAUUAUUUCUGAUUUAGAGAAUACAGUUAAAAAGCUCCAGGACCAAAAGCAUGACAUGGAAAGAGAAAUCAAGACCCUGCACAGGCGACUUCGGGAGGAAUCCGCGGAGUGGCGCCAGUUUCAGGCCGACCUCCAGACCGCCGUGGUCAUUGCGAACGACAUCAAAUCGGAAGCCCAGGAAGAAAUUGGCGACCUGAAGCGCCGUCUCCACGAGGCCCAGGAGAAAAAUGAGAAACUCACAAAAGAGCUGGAGGAAAUAAAGUCACGCAAACAAGAGGAGGAGCGAGGCCGGGUCUACAACUACAUGAAUGCUGUGGAGAGAGAUCUGGCAGCUUUGCGGCAAGGGAUGGGGCUGAGCAGAAGGUCCUCAACUUCCUCAGAGCCAACCCCUACAGUGAAAACCCUCAUCAAGUCCUUCGACAGUGCAUCUCAAGUACCGAACCCUGCAGCAGCUGCAAUUCCUCGUACGCCUCUCAGUCCCAGCCCUAUGAAAACCCCUCCUGCAGCAGCUGUGUCCCCCAUGCAGAGACAUUCCAUCAGUGGACCAAUCUCAGCAUCCAAACCCCUGACAGCCCUGUCAGACAAGAGACCAAACUUUGGGGAGCUCCCCGUUCAAGAGCAUCUGCUGAGGACGUCAUCCACCAGCCGGCCUGCCUCGCUGCCCAGGGUACCUGCCAUGGAGAGUGCCAAGACCAUUGCAGUGUCUCGACGGAGCAGUGAAGAGAUGAAGCGGGACAUCUCGGCGCCAGAGGGAGCCUCGCCAGCCUCUCUGAUGGCCAUGGGAACCACGUCGCCCCAGCUCUCGCUGUCCUCCUCUCCCACAGCCUCCGUGACCCCCACCACCCGAAGCCGCCUAAGGGAAGAAAGGAAGGAUCCUCUCUCGGCAUUGGCAAGAGAAUAUGGAGGCUCGAAGAGGAAUGCCUUGCUGAAGUGGUGUCAGAAGAAGACAGAAGGCUAUCAGAACAUCGACAUCACCAACUUCAGCAGCAGCUGGAACGACGGGCUGGCCUUCUGCGCGCUGCUGCACACCUAUCUUCCCGCCCACAUCCCCUACCAGGAGCUCAACGGGCAGGAUAAGAAAAGGAACUUCAUGUUGGCCUUCCAGGCAGCCGAGAGCGUGGGCAUCAAAUCCACACUGGACAUCAACGAGAUGGUGCGGACCGAGCGGCCGGACUGGCAGAACGUGAUGCUCUACGUGACGGCCAUCUACAAGUACUUCGAGACCUGAGUGCAGCAGGAACCGCCUGGCGGCCGGGGCGCCCCUGUAAUUCCUGAGCGCAGCA